AUGACAGUCUCAUGGACGAUCUGGAAUGAGCGUUGUGAGGUUAACUUUCAGAACAAAAAGGCAGACCUAAGGGAUGUGGCUAGAAGGGCGAUUAGUUUUGCAGAUUACAUCAGUAAACUGAAUUUGCAAAACCAAUUACGUAGCACUAAUAACCCAAGCCCUAUCUCUCAGAAAUUAGUUUGGAAACCACCUGUAUCUCCAUACUUUGUUAUUAAUUGUGAUGCCUCAUAUAACAGUAACUUUGGACUAACUGGUGUUGCACUUGUUUUGCGUGACUUUACAUGCAAAUGGAGGGGAUGCUCAACAAAAUGCUACGCAAGAAUAAAGAACUCGGAGCAUGCAGAGUGCCUUGCGUUUUUUUAUGUUGUCAACUGGAGUAAGGAACUGCAACAUACUCAUAUAGUUUUGGAGACUGACUUACAAGGAAUCGAGAACUAUAUCAACAAAGCAGAACCAGUUAUUGCGUGGGAAAAUGAAGGCAUUCUUUUAGAUGCUUUAGAUGUUUUAAAAAGUAUUCCUUUUUGGUUAUGCCAUUAUGUUCCUAGCUAUUGUAAUAAACCUGUUGAUAAACUCGCAAAAUUCAACUGA